ACCUCUCACUUUGGCAUAAGCAAUUUUUGCCAGAUAUGGACAAGCUAUUAAAUAAAGAAUUAAUUAAUGCUAAUCGGACAUUAAAACAAAUUAUAUCCGCAUACCAAACGGAGUUGGUGAAUAUUCGCGCCGAAUUAAUGGAACAGCGUCGCGUUCGAGUUGAGGCAGAACAUCGACGAAAACGUGUAUUGGAGAUACUGAGCCAUAACCAAACUGCACAGAUCAUGAAUUCUCAGUCCGGUAUCCGCGCACAAAGUGGUGGGAGGGAACAAGUGCAGGGAGCACACGCCUUAGAAGCACACAGCUUGUUUCAUACAUUCGACGCUCAAGUGCCAUGUGCCGACAACAAAGUGUAG